AUGAACGUCACCUCUCGAGGAGUGUUAAACAAUGGAUCAUUUGAAGAUUCAUUUUUUCUUCUACAUACUGCUCCAACUCUUUCACCGGUGAUUCAGCCAAACGAGGAUAAUGACCAUUCGGCUUGUCAUUUCAAUCAUUCCUCUCAAAAUUAUUUCAUCGUCACUAAUUUCAUCAUGAUCUUUUUAUUAUCUGUAACUGGUAAUGCGCUCGUUAUCGUUGUCAUCUCAACGCAACGAGCAAUGCGAUCAAUUACGAAUAUUUACUUGAUGAAUUUGGCGGUUUCGGAUUUAAUGUUAUCAGUUUUAUGCAUGCCUCCGACACUUGUCAGCACGGUGAUGAACUGCUGGAUGUUUGGGGCAUUGAUGUGCAAACUUUUGGCUUAUCUACAACCUGUCGUUGUAACAGCGUCAGCGUACACAUUGGCGGUGAUCGCUAUUGAGCGUUAUUAUGCGAUUUGUCGACCGUUGCACUCGAGAAUUUGGCAAACAAGAUCUCAUGCUUAUUUCAUGAUCUCGAUCGUUUGGCUGAUCUCGAUUCUGGCGAAUGGCUUGGCGAUUUUCAUGUAUCAACAGGGUCCCUAUGUCAAUUAUAACGAGCUCGGUGUUGAAGUUUAUGGAUUAACCUGUGCUCCAAUAUUUCCUCCAUGGGUUCAUUUCAUCUAUCAGGUUUAUAUGACAAUGGUACUCUUAUUGGUGCCAUUGAUUCUUAUGACGGUUCUCUAUGGACAGGUGAUUCGUUCGUUACGGGUAGGCAUUCGAAUGGACAUCGCUGCCACUGAGGGAAGCUUUGCUGACAAUGAUACAAGUGUGGAUGAUGACGGGUCACGGAAACCCUCACUAGUCGGGAAAAUGGCUAACAAAGUGGAUAACAAUAAUAGCAAUAACAAUAACAAUAAAACAAAAGCACAGUAUGGGAGUGGAACAGUGCGAGCGCCGAUGACCGCGCAAUCCGUUCGAAGCACGCAUACCCAAAAAAGUGCCGCGGCAAAGAGAAGAGUCGUCAAAAUGUUAAUCGUGAUUGUGAUUAUAUUUUUCUGUUGCUGGACACCGACUUAUGUAUGGUGGUUGAUCGUUCAGGGUGGAGAUGUGUUCACGGAUGGGAUCCAAUUGUGGAACCCGCUAGUGAACACAGUGAUCACCACACUUUGUUAUCUCUCUUCAUGUACAAAUCCUAUCACUUAUUGUUUCUUGAACAAGAAAUUCCGUACGGCAAUGCGGACGAUUUUUGGUCGAAAAAAGUUGAUUCGACAGCAUUUCCAGAAAGUUUACAUGCCAACGGAUAACGGAGCUUUUUAUCCGCAAAAUGGGAAAAUGCACAGAUCGAUGUCUUCGAACUUCAACCCUGUGCCCGGACUCCUCGAUAAACCACCCAUAAAACGCUGCAACUCAAACGUCGACUCUAUCUUUGAGACAGUCGAGGCGACGAGUCGUGUCGUGAUCAAAGACCUUUGCCUAUCCGGUCGUGAGACUCAUUGC